AUGAAUUAAAGGGCAGAUACAUAUGUAGCAUCUCGUAAAAUAGCUCUUGAGAAAAAACUCAUAGAAGGCGGAGAAGAAUAAAGAUUAGAGGACUAUCUUAGAUAGAAAUUAAUAGAGUCUGGUUGGAAAGAUGAUUUGAAAAAAUAUUGCAAAGAACUAAUUAGAAAGAAAGGUCUUGAAAAAGUUACAAUUGAUGAAUUAGUUAAUGAGUUAGUAGAAAGAGGAAGAAAUACCGUUCCAAAUAAAAUUAAGGAAGAUUUGUUAGCAAGAAUAAAAAAUUAUUUUGAAGAUGAAGGUUAUUGA